CAGAAACGACAUAAAUUCACCAGCUGACUUGUAUCGAAUUCCAUGCAGUUGUUAACAUAGUGUUGAGAAACCUAACAGAAAGAAAUGGGCAUUAAUCAAAGAGUGACUGUGAUAGCUAUCGUUGUUUUGAUUUUUGUUUUGAAGUCGAUUUUGUCUUCUUCAACACCACCAUUUUCAACAGGACAGGCACUGUCUUGGAACUUGGAUGAGGAACAAUUUGAAAGAAUUAAAGUAAGGAACGGCUCGAAAUUGAGACUAUGGUUUAAAGGUCCUAAGUAUCCUAGUUCAACCAUAACAUGGUACAAGGAUGGAAAGAAAAUAAAGAAUGUGACCAGCAGACUCAAAAUCAAACAGAGUUCCCUGGUAAUAUUAAAAUUAGAGGAAGAUGACAGCGGCGAAUACGCUUGUUACAAACAAAAUCAACAUGGCGAGGUUUGGAAAAAUUACACACUUACCGUUACAACAGAUCCACUGAUAACAAAACCUGUGAUUCAAAGCCCUCUGAACCAGACUGUAGCCUAUCUGGAUGAUGUGAAAUUUCAGUGUAAGGUGAUCAUGAAUUCUACUUCAACUAACAUCCAAUGGUUUAAACAUUACCAGGUGAACGGAUCAUAUACUAAUGAGGAUGGUGUGCCGUAUGUCCAUGUUAUACAGCAGUCCAGGUUAAACCAUUCUUCUGAAAUUCUGUACAUCAAAAACGUAACGUACGAAGAUGCUGGCUGGUACACAUGCCUGGUGACCAACGCCGUGGGGCGAGCUUACCAGAGUGCCUGGCUUACAGUGACAGUUCCUAGCACGCUGGCAAAGAGAACAAUUUUUGGUAUGUUGAUUUUAAGAACAUGA